AUGCAGCUAAAACAUGAAAAUAAUGAAGAAAUUUUAGCUGACAGAGCGAUAAUUCCGCACAGAAAUGAUGUAUAUUAUCUUUAUCAAAAGUACCGUGAACUACAUGUAGGUGAUCAAAAUGGUGAAGGCAUGUUUAAUCGUCUAGAGAAAGAAGUUGCAGAAUUUAAUAAUAAUAAAAAAGGGAUUGCAUGGAUGCAACCAUAUGUUGCUUCGGAAAAAGACAAACUUGGACAGCCAUUUAUUCUUGUUAUUAUUACCUGUG